GGCUUAUGUGACCCUAAGUGGGCCAAGGUUACCGUCCAGGGCGGAAAGUUUGCCAGAAUUGGGUGCACUUACUGUUGCUUGGCAGAGACAGGUGGCCCGUGGGCUGAGUUCUCCCAGAAACCAUUGACUUUGAGGAAAUUCCAAUUCAAUAGACAUGAAGCGUCCGCUGUGCAUAAGAAGGCGGCUGAAGCGUUUCAAUGCUCAGAGAGAAUUGUUUUCGCCCCAGCGGCCAGUGAGUUCAACGACGCCUUGAAGAAAAUGGUGAAAGGCGGAAGUUGCAGGGACGGAGGCUGCAUGUCCGACAAACGGACGCAGAUGCGGUGGUGCCUGUCAGAGGCAACGCUGUCACUGAGCCGUGACAGGCUGCAAAGUGCCGAGGCAAUGUCAGUUAUGAGGGAUGAAAGAAAAGGCAGGCUCCUCCUCAGGUACCGAGCGACGCUGCCAGAUCUGUCCAUUCACAGUGGUGUGUUUGGAUUCAUCCCGACUCAGGGGUUUGCUGACUCGAUUGGCGAAGCAACUCGGAAAUCGAUCACUGAUUUCUGCACCCCCAAGCUUAACCCACCCAGGCAAUUCAAGCAAACCACCUGCCCAGUUGACCAAAAAUUGCUCCGAAGUGUUCAGGAGAAAACCCAGAUUUUGGUCACUGAUGCGGCAGGUCCUGAGUUGCUAGCUUCCCGCAUUUUGAGCGGGAAGAGACAAGCGGCAAGCGCCGGCUUUCAGGAUCCCUUCUUUAAACGGGUCCGAGUGAUUGGACGAGACGCGGCGCAUGCGUCCACUCGUUUGUUGAAGCGGCCAUUCGAGGCACAUCCUGAGAUUGAGAAGUUGCUGAACGAAUUUGUGACCGGGAAGGACAGUUUCGCGCAAAAGGUGCAAUAUUCCCCGUUGUAUCAGCAAUGGUGGAAGAAAAGCCUGGUUGAUGAGGCUGGAGGGAGCGAUCUGUCCGCGGCAAAGCACAGGUUUGCCAGCUAUAUGAACCCGCUGGCCAAAAUCAGCAAAAACAUGGGCGCCAUGAUGCAAGUGUGCCAUCAGAUCGCCACCGUCAGAUCUGAUGACUCCAGUGGGAGUGCAUGGGCGCACCGACUGAUUGAAAAUUUCUCGGGGAAGAAAGCAGUUGCCCUGGGACUGCUCGCCGACGCUGCUUGUACCUGCCAUGACCUGACCCGGUGGCUCGACUCUGAAGACGUUGAUAUAUGCCAGGUGAACAGCCAGGUGCAAUGCUUUGUAGCAUCACUUCGGACCCUGUUUGGAGCCAAGAAGGUGUUGGAGCUGCCAACAUACACAAAGCACAUCGUGGAAGAGCUUACGCGUCGCCCCAUCACCAUUCUGCACGGCAGUCCUAGACAAGAAUGGGCUGUCGUAUCAGAGGCCGCUGUGGCCACUGAAUUCCCAAGCUGGGAUGUCAUCGCCAGCUUUGAUGCGUUUUGUCUGCAGGGCGCAGGUGAGUCUGCGCAAGACCGACCGGAAGCCAAGACCAGCCUGGCUAAACUUGCCCAAGUGUUCCAAGUGGACUUAGGAAAAUUGACACGACAAUUUAUUGCCUUCUUACCCAUGGCCAGCGCCAUUCAAAAGCAAGCUGGUCUGGACAACCGCGCAGCUUGGUCAGAAGCUUUGAUUCGAUCUCAAGGACGCAAGUUGAU